CGAGGCGGAAGUGGCGGGGGCGGCGCCAUGGCUGAGGGUUCCGCCGGGUGAGGUGCCUGAGGCGGGUUUGUCCCCGCGUGGCGGCUCCCCUAGCCGGGCUGAGGGCCGAGGGCGUCCGGCCCUCCCCGAUCAGGCGAAUGUAAGAACCGACGACGGUGAGCCCGAGAGCGCGGCGAACUAGGUGAACACGGGCCCGGUAGCCAGCGUGGCCGGCUCUCCGCAGGCCCUGGCGGCCGCGGCGGCCUGGUUUCUCCCGAGCGCCCUCCGCCCGACGGCUCCGGCCCCGCGCGUCAUUGGCCUCUUCUCCCUCACGCGUUAAUGGAGGAGCCGGAGCCCCAGCCCCUGGAAAGCGACGCCCCCACUGGUUCGUGAGACAGCUUCUUGGGAGUGCGAUCAGAGACUCAGGCCGCCGGGCUUGGCUCCAAAUCUCCCCCCUCCCCCAAAGCGAGUCUCCGAUCCUUGGGCGACGGUGACCCCACUUGACCGCCUGUCGCCACCUCGGGAAGCUCUCAUGGUUGUUUUAAGUCGCCCCUCGUCGCGGGCACCGAAAACCGAUGAGCGUCUUCUCCCUAAGGUUCCUCAGUCAGUCCUUGGGCCUGUCCUUUUUUAAAAAGCAAAGCGGUUUAUAAUAGUUGACUUGUGGUUCGGUGCGUGAGAGUCCUGGCCGUCUGUCUGAAGGUAGGGACUGCGUCUUGGUCUUUGUGACCGACCUCUUGUGUAGUGGGCCAGGUUGUGUCGAGUCAGCGUCUGAACUGUUUGGUGACAGAAAUGUUCUAGAACCACCAACCCAGCGUCUUAAAAACUGUUCUAAAGCCACUAACGGAAUCUCCUUUCUCCUGCACAAGGGCUCAGUGCUGCCUGAGAAAUCCAAUCAGGAUUAAUCCAAUCUUGAGAAACUGCAUCCGAAAAAACCCUGCCUCUGUAUGUCUGCAAUAUCAGCUUGGAGUCCUCGGGUUCCUCAGGGAUGGAGAGUCCUCAGCACUGUUAACAGUAAUGCCUGUCAGUUGAGGAGAUGGCUUCUUUGCAAAGAAAAGGGCUGCAGGCAAGGAUUCUCAGCUCUGAAGAAGAGGAGAAAUUGAAAAGAGAUCAAGCUUUGGUGUCCGAUUUUAAGCAGCAGAAACUGGAAAAAGAGGCUCAGAAGAACUGGGACCUUUUUUACAAAAGAAAUAGUACUAACUUCUUCAAAGAUAGACACUGGACCACCCGAGAGUUUGAGGAUCUCAGAUCCUGUAGAGAGCAAAAUCCUUUAUAUGACUCAGAAAGAUGCAAGGUGUUCCAGUGUGAUCUAACCAAAGAUGACCUUCUGGAACAUGUGCCCCCAGAAUCUGUGGAUGUUGUCAUGUUGAUAUUUGUACUCUCUGCUGUUCACCCUGAUAAGAUGCACCUUGUCUUACAAAAUAUUUACCAGGUAUUGAAACCAGGCAAAAGUGUCUUGUUUCGUGACUAUGGGCUGUAUGAUCAUGCCAUGCUCAGGUUUAAAGCUGGCAGCAAACUUGGGGAAAACUUUUAUGCUAGACAAGAUGGAACAAGAUCAUAUUUUUUUACUGAUGAAUUCCUGGCUCGGCUCUUUACGGACACAGGUUACGAAGAAGUGGUGAAUGAGUAUGUGUUUCGUGAGACGGUGAACAAAAAAGAAGGCCUGUGUGUGCCAAGGGUUUUCCUUCAGAGCAAAUUCCGAAAGUGUCCUAAGAACCCAACUCCAUGACCAUGGGCUGGGUCACAAAUUGUGACCUUUCAUGAGGUUGACAUUUGUGCCUCCGCUUGAAGAGGAAAGGUUAAAGCCACUAUUUUGUAUAUUUUUAUAUCUCAACCUUUUAAAAUGAGUAUAUAUAAUUUUUAUAUUAAAAAAUAGCAAGCGUG